GCAUGGAAGUCAUGGGGCAACCAGAACUGGAAGGGCGGCAAAAGCUGGAACAAUUGGCAGGGCAACAACAAGUGGAGCAACUGGAAGAAGCCAGAGGUUGUUGAGGAGUCCAAAGAAUCGACGGUGGGCCGAGGAAUGCGAGCCUGGAGCGACGACGAGGAGGACAAGAAAGAGAAGCAAGCGCUGAAAGAGCGCAAGGGAUCGAAGGCCUCCAAGGACAAGGAUGGCGAGGACAAGAAGGACGAAGCCAACGGCAAAGACGGCAAAGAUAAUUCAGACUGGAACAACUGGUCUGGCUGGAAAGGAGGAGGUGGCGGUGGCAACUCGUGGAACAAGUCCGAUUGGAAGUCCAACUGGAAGUCUCAGCAGAACCAGAAGUGGAAGGAUUGGAAAUCCGAUGGCGACAGCGGCUGGAAGAAGCAGAAAGGCAGCGGGGAAGGUUCCCUCGAUGCUGCAAAGCCGGAGGAGUCGCCUGAAGAGUUGGAAAGACGUCAGAAGCGCGCCGCCCGCUUCGAAUCGAAUGCCGUGGCCAAGCCGUCUGCAUCGACGACUUGCAAGAUUGAAUGGUCCGCGACCUCUGAGAAGGAGAAAGACGAGGAUGCGGGCGAAGCUGCCGGCGAGGGGGAGGAGAAGAAGACGGGGACCGAAGAUGCGGCAAAGGCUGCAGAUGAGGAGCGAGCAAAGCAGAUGCGCAGCGAUGGAGUGCACCAGCGGUCGGAGAGUGAGGAGGAUUAG